CUGUCAUAGAAACUGAACUUGGUAAUUACAAUCCGGCUUAACUGCAGUCUAGGGGGAACCAUAUCCGGGUGACCUCUUUAACCUGAAUACAACCAGUUUACUUGCUUUGUUUGUUUGGUAGUUUAGACUUGCACUCCAGUUUUAUUGCUAGAUAACAAGAACUCACUGAGUAGUCAGCAAAUCUAGGACCCGGGUUGAUAAUUAAACCUAAACCCGCUAUACUACACUUUAGGAAGUGGUUACACUUGGCCAAUUCCUGGAGUGACAGUAGAGUCGAGUCAAGUUUUUGGCGCCUUUGCCGGGGACGGCUUGGUUGUUGAAGAAAAGUGAUUUCUGUUAAUUUAGCUUUUCUUUUUGUUUUGUUUGCUUUGUCCCACUUGUGCCUUCACGGGUUUGCUUGCUUGAGUGUGUGCAGGUAGUGCAUGACCCGUAGCCAGUCAGGAGGUUUACUGCCGUUGAAUCCAGAGAUUGACCGCACCUGUCGCCAGCUUAGGAGACAACAGCGAGCUAGACUGGCUACGGAAGAGCGCAUAGACGGCCACUUGAGUAGCGAUUCUGAAGAAGAGCACGGGAUGGACGGAGACUACAAUCCGCACCAGGGGAAUCCGCAGCAGGUUCCCCCGGUGAAUCAGGUCCUGGGGAACAACCCCAUACCCCAGGAUCAUGGAGUUCAUCAUCCACCGCAGCCGGGUCCCACCUUGGAGUACUACUACACUCCGCGGAUUGCUGACAUCCGCCCGGUCAUCCUCUACCCGCCUAUUCCAGCAAAUAACUUCGAGAUCAAGCCAUGCUGGAUUCAGCUCAUCACAUCCUCUACUCUAAAGUAACAAACUUCUGCCUUUCCUAAUACUCUAGAAAGGUCCCCGGCAACGGCGCCAAAAACUUGACUCGCUACGACACAACACCUAACAAAGGCCAAGUGUAACCAAUGAAAGGGACUGCAGUAUAGUGGCUCAAGUGAUAAAUAUCGAAUCCACGGGUCUCUAGAUUUACUAUUACUCAGCUUCAGUUUAUUAUUUAGCAAAUCAGAUUAAGACGAAAGAACUAAAACUACUCUAGCAAACUACAGUUAAAGUUAAUCUAAUUACAGGUUGGGAACUCACUUAGGUAUGAUUCCCCCUAGCCACUAGCCAGAUUAAUGAUUGAUGAUCUCUAACCUGUUUCACUUUCAUUCACAAUGCGGAGAAUCCUUGACUAGACCUUGAGUCUCGACUAAAGGAACAAGGCCCUCUUGAGUCAAUUGCCUAGAGGGACGUAUCCUUCUCUAGAACAACUGAUCAAGGCGUUCUGAACUAGACUCCCUCUAUCGAAAGAGGUUCUCAAUCGAUACAAAGCAGUGAAUCAACCCUCGACUAAAGCAAUCGAUCCACUACUAUCAAAGCAGAAUCAAUAAUCUCGACUAAAGCAGAAUUGAAUCAUGAAAACAUGCAUAGAUUGAAUAUGAACUCAAGAUUAUCCAGUCAGAGUACUCAUACAAUCAUCCAAUCAAACAAACAUAGCUAGGGUUCCUCAAAACCUAAGUGAAGGGAAGUUACUCCAUAGAGAAGAGAGAGACUGCAGUAAGAAUCUUCAGAUGAUCAGUCUUCAAGUCUGGGCUUGUUCCUUGAGCUUCCAAGGAGAAGAAAUCCUCCAACUCUACUCCAAGAAUGCCCUCAAAUCGCCCUCUCUCUCUAGGGUUCGUCCCUUGGGUGUUUGGGAUCCAAAACCCAGCUCUCCUCUUCUUUGGUUCGGAAUUUGGCUUAAAACCAGGAAAUCCCGACUCACGCGGGCAGGGUGGCACGGCCGUGUGGCCUACCCAGUUGCCCGUGUGAGGCAAAACGCACCGUAUCACUUAGUCGAAUUCCAGGCUUCUUACACGGCCAGGGUGGCACGGCCGUGUGUGACUUCCUUCUACCCGUGUCUGCUCUCGGCGAAUGUGGCACGGCCAACCCGACCACUUGCACGGCCGUGUCAAUCUCCUGCUCUGCCCGUGUUUGCUCUCGCAGAAUGUCACACGGCCAGACUGGCCUCUCGCACGGCCGUGUGAACAUCAGGGUAGCCCGUGUGACCUCCUUUGCGACUUGUCUCGCGCCCGAUCUUCGCCCAAUCGACCCCGAACUCGCUCCUAAACCUUCAUUCACUUGCCAGGACCUGAAAUAUCACAAACAAGCACAACCUAGCGUGAAAUCGGUCUAAAACACGAGAAACCACAUCUCAAACGGUGUAAGAACAGGGGUGAAAACAUGUGUAACUAACGGGCUAUCAACUAUAUUAUACCGACUUGAAUAUUGCAUUACAAUAACCCUUACGUAAUCUAUUUAUACUUUAGGUAACAUUUCUAGAAUGGAGUUACGUAAGUCUUAAGUAAUGGUUGAACAUUUUAUUUAAUGAAUAUUAAAACUAUGU